GAACCAAUUAGUUUUAUUGGGGCUACCUUCAGUACUAUGAUGAAAUAUGAGUGAGGGGUUACUGACAGUAGCAGAAAUGACUCAAAGACAGCUGAAUCACCAAGGCCCACCCCAAUACUGGUAACAACUCACAAAUUGGGAAAACUGGGGCACACUGCAUAGCCUGCAGGCCACUCAAUGGGUUGAGUAAGUAAGGCUGGUCUAAACCUCUUCCAGGCGGCUUGGCUGGUCUCUGCUUCUCUCAGGCAGCUGGUCUGGUCUUAAGAGUCUGCAACUUUUGCUCUUCUGAGAAUCUUCUUUACUGCGUAGGUCUUCUUUUCUGAGAGGGACGCUGAACUCUGGCAGGAAGUAGCCUAGUAAAACUAGAUGGUUUCAGGGCCUUCCUGCUUAAUGGAAAGUUCCAAUCUUGGAGGAAACUGUUACACAAUAUCGAUACAGAAAGGUUUAGAAGUCUUCCACAGGUUUACAUAAUUUGUUUAGCCAUGCUGAGACUUCAUCGGGAAUAUGGUAUUUUACCUUUGGCAUCCUAUUAGUAACUUUAUUGAGAGUGACUAUUAUCUAAUUUUCAUAAACGAGGAAACUGAGGCUUACCUUUCCUAAGGCUACAAAAGCACAGCUGUACUUCCUAACCAAGUUCUCCUGGUAACCCCUAUAUGCCUGAGUUUACAAUCCUAGCACCUGGCUACUGAAGUUAAAGCCCCACUAGCCAAACAUUGUCUUGUUGACACUGUGGUGUUACUAAACUUGCCUGUUAACAUAAUGAGAAUGAGGAGUGCUGGAGAGAAAAUUAAACUAUUAAAGAUAAGGCUCAUAACUAAAACUACAAAGGGCACUGAGGAUAUAUUAACCAUGUAGGGCUCUUGUGAUGAUUAAGAUAUGUGGAUCAUGGAAUAAGCAUAAAGGAGUUGGGUAUCACUAUUUCUUCUGGACCAGUACUAUGCACAGGCAAUAUAAUGUGACCGUAGUGACACUCUAGAGGAGGGGGGCGGGGAGAGGAGAGUAGGAGGAGGUAAUUUUAGCUGUGUAUGGCGGCUCAAAUUUGUAAUCUCAACACUCAGGAGGCUGAGGCUGAGGGAUUGCCAUCACUCUGAGGGAGGUGGGUGAUGCAAAGUGAAUUUCAGGCCAGCCUGCGCUAUGGUGGGAGGCACUGUGCAAAAAACCCAAAACAGAACAAAGGUGAUCUUUAAGUUUUCAAGUAACUACGUUGAAAAAAGAAAAAAACUAAAAGAAACAUGAAAUUAUUUAAGUUACUAAAUACACUCCCAAUUAUAUAAUCAGUUUUUUCUUGUUUGUUUGUUUGUUUUUCGAGACAGGGUUUCUCUGUAGAGCCCUGGCUGUCCUGGACCUUACUUUGUAGACCAGGCUGGCCUCGAACUCAGAAAUCCGCCUGCCUCUGCCUCCCGAGUGCUGGGAUUAAAGGCGUGCGCCACCACGCCCGGCCCCAUAUAAUCAGUUUUGCAUUCAACAAUGUUCCUUCUCAACUUGGUCCAGCCACGUUUCAGGCAGCUACUAUGAGCUGCGCCCUCAGCUCCCAGUCAGUUCCUCGCGGUUAGCAGUGAACCCAAGGCCCCGCCCCCGCCCCUCCCAGAUUACAUCAUAGAGCCCACCAGUCAGGGCCGGCGGGGCCCACUCAGGCCCACCCGUACGCAGGCGCGUGCGCCUGACACUAGCAUCCUUUCUGCUGGAAAAGGAAGCGGCGGCCCUCUCAGAACGGCGGAGGCGGCCUGAGCCUCGCCAUUCGCUGAGGCAUCCGCGGGCGGGAGGCCGCAGUCUAGACCCCCGACGCGCGCCGCGCCAACGGUCCGCCACUCGUGCUGCUUCCACGGAGAGGGCGAGGAGUAGGGGCCGGCGUGGAUUGGUUCGCGGCGCCUCGGCCCGCCCUUCGGUGGCGCCCAUUGGCUGGGGCGGCACCCGCUGACGGCGAGCACGCUCCGCCUUCGUGCCGGCCUUCAAGAGGGCGACGAGGAAGCGGCCACCUCCCUGUGCCCCGCCCCUCCGGCUAGGUCUGUGGCUUCUGCGGCUCCUCCCGGCUGCUCCCGGCUCCUCUCUGCCCUCUCCCGGCUUCCUGCGGCUCCGGCUUGGGCUCGGCGGCGGCGGCGGGCAGUCGCAGUGGUACAGAAUGGCCGACCUCAGUCUUGUGGAUGCGUUGACAGAACCACCUCCAGAAAUUGAGGGAGAAAUAAAGCGAGACUUCAUGGCUGCGCUGGAGGCAGAGCCCUAUGAUGACAUCGUGGGAGAAACUGUGGAGAAAACUGAGUUUAUUCCUCUCCUGGAUGGUGAUGAGAAAACCGGGAACUCAGAGUCCAAAAAGAAACCCUGCUUAGACACUAGCCAGGUUGAAGGUAUCCCAUCUUCUAAACCAACACUCCUAGCCAAUGGUGAUCAUGGAAUGGAGGGGAAUAACACUGCAGGGUCUCCAACUGACUUCCUUGAAGAGAGAGUGGACUAUCCGGAUUAUCAGAGCAGCCAGAACUGGCCAGAAGAUGCAAGCUUUUGUUUCCAGCCUCAGCAAGUGUUAGAUACUGACCAGGCUGAGCCCUUUAACGAGCACCGUGAUGAUGGUUUGGCAGAUCUGCUCUUUGUCUCCAGUGGACCCACGAACGCUUCUGCAUUUACAGAGCGAGACAAUCCUUCAGAAGACAGUUACGGUAUGCUUCCCUGUGACUCAUUUGCUUCCACGGCUGUUGUAUCUCAGGAGUGGUCUGUGGGAGCCCCAAACUCUCCAUGUUCAGAGUCCUGUGUCUCCCCAGAGGUUACUAUAGAAACCCUACAGCCAGCAACAGAGCUCUCCAAGGCAGCAGAAGUGGAAUCAGUGAAAGAGCAGCUGCCAGCUAAAGCAUUGGAAACGAUGGCAGAGCAGACCACUGAUGUGGUGCACUCUCCAUCCACAGACACAACACCAGGCCCAGACACAGAGGCAGCACUGGCUAAAGACAUAGAAGAGAUCACCAAGCCAGAUGUGAUAUUGGCAAAUGUCACGCAGCCAUCUACUGAAUCGGAUAUGUUCCUGGCCCAGGACAUGGAACUACUCACAGGAACAGAGGCAGCCCACGCUAACAAUAUCAUAUUGCCUACAGAACCAGACGAAUCUUCAACCAAGGAUGUAGCACCACCUAUGGAAGAAGAAAUUGUCCCAGGCAAUGAUACGACAUCCCCCAAAGAAACAGAGACAACACUUCCAAUAAAAAUGGACUUGGCACCACCUGAGGAUGUGUUACUUACCAAAGAAACAGAACUAGCCCCAGCCAAGGGCAUGGUUUCACUCUCAGAAAUAGAAGAGGCUCUGGCAAAGAAUGAUGAGUCCUCUGCAGAAAUACCUGUGGCUCAGGAGACAGUGGUCUCAGAAACAGAGGUGGUCCUGGCAACAGAAGUGGUACUGCCCUCAGAUCCCAUAACAACAUUGACAAAGGAUGUGACACUCCCCUUAGAAGCAGAGAGACCGUUGGUGACGGACAUGACUCCAUCUCUGGAAACAGAAAUGACCCUAGGCAAAGAGACAGCUCCACCCACAGAAACAAAUUUGGGCAUGGCCAAAGACAUGUCUCCACUCCCAGAAUCAGAAGUGACUCUGGGCAAGGACGUGGUUAUACUUCCAGAAACAAAGGUGGCUGAGUUUAACAAUGUGACUCCACUUUCAGAAGAAGAGGUAACCUCAGUCAAGGACAUGUCUCCGUCUGCAGAAACAGAGGCUCCCCUGGCUAAGAAUGCUGAUCUGCACUCAGGAACAGAGCUGAUUGUGGACAACAGCAUGGCUCCAGCCUCCGAUCUUGCACUGCCCUUGGAAACAAAAGUAGCAACAGUUCCAAUUAAAGACAAAGGAACUGUACAGACUGAAGAAAAACCACGUGAAGACUCCCAGUUAGCAUCUAUGCAGCACAAGGGACAGUCAACAGUACCUCCUUGCACGGCUUCACCAGAACCAGUCAAAGCUGCAGAACAAAUGUCUACCUUACCAAUAGAUGCACCUUCUCCAUUAGAGAACUUAGAGCAGAAGGAAACGCCUGGCAGCCAGCCUUCUGAGCCUUGCUCAGGAGUAUCCCGGCAAGAAGAAGCAAAGGCUGCUGUAGGUGUGACUGGAAAUGACAUCACUACCCCGCCAAACAAGGAGCCACCACCAAGCCCAGAAAAGAAAGCAAAGCCAAUUACAGAAGCUAAGGUUGCCGAAAAGCGGACCUCUCCAUCCAAGCCUUCAUCUGCCCCAGCCCUCAAACCUGGACCUAAAACCACCCCAACCGUUUCAAAAGCCACAUCUCCCUCAACUCUUGUUUCCACUGGACCAAGUAGUAGAAGUCCAGCUACAACUCUGCCUAAGAGGCCAACCAGCAUCAAGACUGAGGGGAAACCUGCUGAUGUCAAAAGGAUGACUGCUAAGUCUGCCUCAGCUGACUUGAGUCGCUCAAAGACCACCUCUGCCAGUUCUGUGAAGAGAAACACCACUCCCACUGGGGCAGCACCCCCAGCAGGGAUGACUUCCACUCGAGUCAAGCCCAUGUCUGCACCUAGCCGCUCUUCUGGGGCUCUUUCUGUGGACAAGAAGCCCACUUCCACUAAGCCUAGCUCCUCUGCUCCCAGGGUGAGCCGCCUGGCCACAACUGUUUCUGCCCCUGACCUGAAGAGUGUUCGCUCCAAGGUCGGCUCUACAGAAAACAUCAAACACCAGCCUGGAGGAGGCCGGGCCAAAGUAGAGAAAAAAACAGAGGCAGCUACCACAGCUGGGAAGCCUGAACCUAAUGCAGUCACUAAAGCAGCCGGCUCCAUUGCGAGUGCACAGAAACCGCCUGCUGGGAAAGUCCAGAUAGUAUCCAAAAAAGUGAGCUACAGCCAUAUUCAAUCCAAGUGUGGUUCCAAGGACAAUAUUAAGCAUGUCCCUGGAGGUGGCAAUGUUCAGAUUCAGAACAAGAAAGUGGACAUAUCCAAGGUCUCCUCCAAGUGUGGGUCCAAAGCUAAUAUCAAGCACAAGCCUGGUGGAGGAGAUGUCAAGAUUGAAAGUCAGAAGUUGAACUUCAAGGAGAAGGCCCAAGCCAAAGUGGGAUCCCUUGAUAACGUGGGCCACUUGCCUGCAGGAGGUGCCGUGAAGGUAACUGAGGGCGGUGGCAGUGAGGCCCUUCCGUGUCCAGGCCCCCCCGCUGGGGAGGAGCCAGUCAUCCCUGAGGCUGCGCCUGACGCUGGCGCCCCUACUUCAGCCAGUGGCCUCAGUGGCCACACCACCCUGUCAGGGGGUGGUGACCAAAGGGAGCCCCAGACCUUGGACAGCCAGAUCCAGGAGACAAGCAUCUAAUGAUGACAUUCUGGUCUCGUCUUCCAUCUCCCCUGUGUUCCCUCUCUUGUCUCCCCCCCUUGUUACCCUCUCCCAUCCCUCCUCACGUGUCACUGCAGAUUGAGACCUACAGGCUGACGUUCCGGGCAAAUGCCAGGGCCCGCACCGACCAUGGGGCUGACAUUGUCUCCCGGCCUCCCCACUUCCCUGGUGGCCCAAGCUUGGGGUCUCGAGCCCUGGGCUCCUUUUCCCGGGCUGUCUACUAGACUUGUAAGCUCUUGGGUGCUGGGCAGCCCCUUUAGGCCUCCCUCCCUCCUGCCUCGCUUGCUCAAGGCAGCAGCAGCCCCACUCGCUGCCAUUACACCUCCUUCCACCCCUUUCUGGGCCAACUCCAACUUCACUAUCUCACCACUUCACCACUGCACCACGGAGAAAGUUGGGCGGGGACGGGAGUCCAGUGGGAUCUCUGUGGGAUCUAGGGGUGAGGAGCUGGAUUCCAGCCUUGGCUGUUUGGUUUUUUUGGACCAAACCCAAAAGAAACUGACAAACCUCUCUUCCCUGGCUCAACCUGGAGGGACUGGUAAAGGUGAACUCCACGUGGAGACCAGCACCGACUGAAUCCCUGGAACCUAAACCACUCCUUGACCCCACGGGGUGGAAGCCACCAUUUGGUGGUACCAGGCCCUUUUGCUGCCUCACCUCAAGUUAGUCAAGGAUCAGUCCUCCUUGUCCCCACGACUUAUCGUACCUGAGUAGCUGCUGUCUCACUUUUUUAUUCUUUCCUCUCCCAAUAACCUAUGAACUGGUGGUGUAGUUUGCAGGCUGAAGCCAUGUCUAAAUGAGAGUUCUUGGUAGGUGGUGAGGGAAGUGGGGAAGGAGAUCCCGAGUCUCCACUGAGGAGGCUGUCAGAUAUUGGCGGGGGUUGCCCUACUCUGGGCAGCUUGGGCCCUGCAGGAAGAAGUGAAGUCAGACAGCUAGGGUGGGUCAGUGUGGCUGAUUGUGUUGGUAUUGUGUGUAUGCUGCUUUUCUAACCAAGAGGCUGGUUUUGGCAUCUAUCUCAUUCCCUGGGAAUGCGGUGGUUAAAUGUGUGAUACAAAAUCAGGGCUGGAGAAACAGAAAUGAAGGUCAAAAUCGCUGGCCUGUACCUACAGGCCAUAGCACCCAAAUCCUCAUAUCUAGGGGAGCCUGAAAUGUCCAGAACGCUUGUGAACAGUGGGGAAUCAGGUGUGAAAAUUUAAAACUAAAAUGCAUGAGACUGAGGCCAUCCAGUCUUCUGGUGUGGCGGGAGAGGUGGAGCCAUGGUGGUGCAGCCAUCCCAGCGUGGUCUGCUCAUGGAUGGGAUGGUUGCAAUGUUGAGAAAAUCCCGGGAAUUUUAUCAACACAAGAUUCUUAUUGCACUUGUAUUUUUUGUAUUAAAGUUUGCAUGGUUUCUAAUAAAGGAUUCAAACCUAAGUUUGUAUUGAAAUGGCCUGGGAGUGUCUAAGGGCUCCUCUGAUAGGGCAUUUUCUGCUGGGCAGAUUUGCCUCUCAGGAGGCUGGCCCAGACUUGGUCCCCUUGGCCCUCCUCCGAACAGACUCUGCCUUUGCUUGGGUACAGUUUGAGGAGGUAGAGGUCUUUACUCUCUCUCUGCCAAGGGAAGGUAUCCCUGGGCUUGAAGGUCUUCUCCAUUUAUGAGGUAGCAGUUACUUUGUGAUAAUCUUGACACUGAAUCCCUAGCUCUCUAAGCACACACAAAGAAUUGCUGGGACCUGUGGAAAAAAGACUGCCUGAGCUGGGGAGUGGCUUUCUUCCCAAGCUGUCAGAACUAAGCUUGGAGCCUGCAUUGUCUGUAUUUUGCAGCAAUAGGGGCCCACGGAGCUGGGAAGGACACAGUGGGGACCAGGGUAGUGAUGACUGAGCGUAUACAGGUACUUGCUACCCUCCUUGAUGUUGAUCUUAGGGCCUUGAAGAUGCUAAGGAAAUUGACAAGAAACAAGUCCAUUGGCCAAGGAUUAGAGAAAGGAAGGUAACCCAAGCUCUGUAGGUAGCUCCCUGGAAGGAUCCCACGAGCCAGAGAACCUGAGAAGGCUGGUCUAGCAGCUUGGGACCACAGGCCAUGUGAUGUGCAUACUUCAAAAUGUUUGGGAAUAAGGUCCUUCUGUAUUUUAUAGUUUGCUCAUGGCUUAGCCAUUACCCAUGUCUGUAAUUGUUGUACUGAUUUAAACAAUAAAGCUGCCUGACAUCCCACCA